UUAGCUGAGCAGAGGGCAGCUGCAGCCUGUCGUCUCUCUGAGGAAACUUUCAGAAACCUGAGAGAAAAAGAAGCAGACAGGAGGCUGAUGGCCCGCUGUGACCUUUGACCCCUCACCUUCAGAGUCACCUGCAGGGCCGUCGCCAUGGCAACAACGUCUUCCCUGCUCGGCAGAGGUCUGGGUCUGGUCUUGGUGGAGUUCCAGUACGAGUACCAGGGACGGGACGGCGCACUGGUCUCCAUCAGACCCAAUGAGCGAUACGAGCUGCUGGCAAAGACCAACGACCACUGGUGGCAGGUCCGCCGCGACCGCGCCUCAAAGCCCUUCUACAUCCCUGCCAAGUACGUCAAGGAGCUGCCGCCGGACUUCCCCUCGCCCCUGGACUUCGACCCGCCCGGUCAUGAACCGGUGCUUCCUCCUGCGGCGGCACUGGUCCCGGUCCCUGUCCCCGUCCCAAAGUCUCUGGAGGACCCCAGAACCAAACCCGGGGAUGAAGUGAUGAUCCGGGUCCGACCCGACGCGUCCGUCGCCCACCGCAAGAGCGAGAACCGAAUGUCCACGUUCGGUGUCCCGCAGGACUUCCAUGACCUGCCGUCUCUGGCAACACCGGCGCCGUGGCACCCCAGCAACCCCCCGACUGGUCCCCCAGAGCCCGGAACCACAACGACCGAUGGGACUACAAACAUGGCCGACGACGCUGUCAGCAAAAAGCCCCCUUCAGGUUUUCUUGAAGACCCCAAGGACUCUGACAAACCACGAGUCCCCAGUUUCAGCCCAGCAGACCCACUCCCCACGCCCCGAACCCUCACCCAGCCCAUCCCCGUGGAGACGCCGGUGGUCCCGCCCCACAGCGACCGGCACAGCACGCCCUCGCCAUCCACAGGGCGCCGGGACCAGCAGGAGUCCCCGAUAACGCCCGAGGACGAGGAUGAGGACGAGGACGAGGAGAGCAGCGAGGAGGACUCCCUGAAGGAGCCAGACUCGCACCAUAUCUACGAGUCCAUCCAGGACCUGAACCUGGACCUGGACGCUCUGGUUGGAGGGAGGUCGAGUCUUGCAGCACCGCCUGAACCUGCACCGGCCCUGCCCCCCACACAGGACUCUUCCGUCCCGACCUCUCCGAUCUACGCUAACGUCUUGUCUCUGAAGAAGACGUCCGUCCCUCAGAUCUCCGUCUCUGGCCCUGCCCUCCCCUCCUCCCCUUCUCCUGACCACACAUCCUCCAUACCAGACCACACCCCCUCAUCGUCAGUCUCCUCCUCUGGAAUGAUAAGCCCCGCCUCCCCGCUCAGUCCGCAGGACGGCUGGCAGGUUCACAGGGACCAGGACAGCGGGAAGACCUUUUAUUUCCACCCAGUCACCAGACAGAGCACCUGGUCCGACCCCCGCCCCGGGGCCCCGGCCCCCCCGCCCCGGGACCCCGACCCGUCCCCAUCCACCCUGACGUCCCCCCUGCUGUCCCCCGCCUCCUCUCAAGGUUCUGGUCUCUGGGAGACGCUGGUGGACGACGUCUCCGGCAGGUUUUAUUACUACAACCCCGCAUCAGGAGCAACAUCCUGGACCGCCCCAGAGCCGCUGUCCCCCACAGGAUCCACAACCAGCAGGAGGCCCGAGGACGGCCCGCCUCCGCUGCCCGAAGAAGAUUAUCCUGUAGACGCUCCGAGUGACAACGACGUCUUCACAGUGAAUCCUCAGCAGCCCGUGGGUGUGAUCCCCAGAGCUCAUGUGGACCUGAAGGACGGACAGAACGCUCAGUGGACGCUGCCGGAGAUUCCACAUUUACCCCAAAGGAUGAUGGGAAACGGAGUCUCUGAGGAGGGACCCAGUGUGCAGGUCAGAAACUGGAGGCACAGCGUGGCCGAAGACACGUUUUCUCACAGGAGGAACGUCUCCGACUUCACUGAGCUCAACAGGAGACACUCACCUGACAGUCCACAGCUCUCUGAUAGGCUCAACCUGAAGAGGAAUCUGUCCAAUCGAAGCACAGGCUCCCACCAGCUGAACUGCCAUCUGCUGGAGAAAGCAGGAAUAAUGAAUAAGACCAAAGUAGUGGAUAACGGUAAAAAGAUCAGGAAGAACUGGAGUCAGUCGUGGACCGUCCUCCACGGUGGGAUCCUCACGUUCCACAGAGAUCCUAAGUCUGCUCCCACUGGGAAUGCUACUAAAUCGUCCCAGAUCGUGCCUGAGUACACGGUGGAGCUGCGGGGGGCGGCGGUGGGCUGGGCCGCCAAGGACAAGUCCUCCAAGAAGAACGUCCUUGAGCUGAGGACUCGUCAGGGCUGCGAGUACCUGAUGCAGUACGACACGGAGAGCAUCAUCACAGACUGGCUCAAAGUGAUGCAGGACACCAUCAGACAGCUGGAGCAGGACCACCUGUCGGAGGACGAGGACGAAGCUUCAGACAAAGAGGACAAAGACAGGAAGAGGACAUCGACGCGGAGCUCCUCCGGCACGGCCGACUCGGAGCAGAGACGAGUCCGGACCAAGCUGAGACGUUUCCUCCAGCGCAGGCCGACACUGCAGAGUGUCAAAGAGAAGGGCUACAUCAGAGAUAACGUGUUCGGUUGUCACCUGGACACACUCUGUCACAGAGAGAACUCCAACAUCCCAAAGUUUGUAGAGAAAUGUAUCAGAACAGUGGAGAGGAGAGGUCUGGACGUUGAUGGGAUCUACAGAGUCAGUGGAAACUUGGCUGUGAUCCAGAAACUACGACACAAAGCUGAUCAUGAGGACCAGCUGGACCUGGAGGACGGACAGUGGGAGGAGAUCCAUGUAAUCACUGGAGCUCUGAAACUUUUCCUGCGGGAGCUUCCAGAACCUCUGUUCCCCUUCAGCUGCUUCGACAAGUUCAUUGCUGCUAUCCAGGUCCAGGACUAUGGUCUCAGAGUGUCCUACAUGACGGAUCUGGUCCGCUCGCUGCCGCUGCCAAACCACGACACCAUGGAGCUGCUGUUCAGACACCUGCGCAGGGUCGUGGACAACAAGGAGUCCAACAGGAUGUCGGUUCAGAGCGUCGCCAUCGUGUUUGGCCCCACGCUGCUCCGCCCCCAGACCGAGUCCGCCAACAUGACGAUCCACAUGGUGUUCCAGAGCCAGAUAGUGGAGCUUAUGCUCAACGAGUUCCAGACCGUCUUCUCCCAGAGUUAGGAACCCUUCCAGAACCCUCUGAGAACCUCCUGGGAGCCUCCGGAACAUCACGAGACCCGCCAAAAACCUCCAAAGUGUCAGAGAACCUUCUUCAAGUUUGGACCUCCUCUUGGACCAAAGUUCUCAGAACCAUCUAGAAACUGUUCUAAAAGCAGCUUUGCUCUUUUUUUUUUUAAUCAAAGCAACAAACCAAAUGGAACAUCUCACCUUGAGCUAGAACACUUCCAACACUAAAGUCUAGAUCCUUCUGGAACCUUAAAAGAUAUCUGGAACUGAACAUCAUCACCUGAAUCUUCAGUUACUUAGGUUCAUACAGCAGGAACCUGCUGGUUCUACCAGGUCCCUUUAAUGAAUGAGCCAGAGUGGAACCAUCUAGAGCCCUGGAUCUGUUCUUCAACAUCUGAACCGUCUCUGGUUUCAUUUUAAACAGGUCAAAAACAUCAACACCUCCGAGUCCCUUUUGAGUCGCUCCUACAACGAGAAUGUGCCGUCAUGUUAACAGAACAGGGAUCCCUGCAGCUGUAACCUUGUUCCUGUGACAGCACCUGUGAGCAGCUUGGACGACUUUAAGAGCUUUGUUCUUCUUCUUUCAGACCUGCUUUGAUCACAUUUACUGGGGCAGGUAGAACCUGACGUGGUUCCAAUAAAAAACAGACGGUAACCUUAAAUUGGUCGUCCAAACCAGUGGGUGAUGUCACAGUGACCACAGCCUGUGGUUCUGCGGUUCUAAGAGCAGAAAUCAUCAUCUAAAGACCAUCACCUCUGCCUGUUCCAGAUAUUCAGUUUCUCUCAGGUUCUAAGUAACAAAAAAACAAAGAGCUUACACUGGAUGAGUCUUUCCCUCCACUCUCACAAUGACAAAUAUUUAAUGACAGGGACUCGAAUAAAAACAGAUUAUUCACAUUCAGACAAGAACACUUUUGAAAACAAAGUGAUCUCCUGUGUGCUUGUUCCUGUAGAAAUACUCGGUGCUGAUUGGCUCGUUGGUGUCAGAUAACAGUCACAGCUGUGCUUUAGUUUCUGUCUCUGUUGUUUGUCACAGACACUGGAAAAGAAAAAUUCAAUUUCUGACUCAGUAAAGUUGAUAGCAUAUUAAUGUUUUACGUUUUAUUUUUAUUGUAUUAAGCACUGGAUCAAAAUCAGAUGUGCAGUCCAAGCGCUGUUUUAGACUCGCCACAAGAAGAAGUGACCGGAUGGAGAUGAUUUUUAAUCCUAAUUUAACUGAGAAAUGAUCAAGUCUUUGUGCUAAACUAAACACAUUGUAGAACAUCAAAGUGUUUCUUUAAAUCUAAAUAAGGUUCAACAGAAAGUUCAGAGGACCCAGUACAUUCCCCCAAGGAACUCCACCACUUAUUAAAAACAGAAAACUAAAGAGGAUUUACAGAAAUGUUGGUGUAUUUUUUGUUUUAUGAGGGAUUAAUUUUUUACUGCUGUUUGUCAGAUGGAUUCUAGAAAUGAUUUGUAUGUUUUUAUAGUAUUGAGGCUACAUGUAUUACAGAAAUAGAACAAAGUUAUCACAGAACAUGAACAGAUGAAACUCUGUACAUAAGACCUGUAAUAAAAUCUAACUGAUCUGUG